UUUUCGAAUGGCGGGACUGUCCUUGAGUUCUAGAGUUCGACAUUCCAAACAUAAAUAUAAAAUACAACCAAUUUUUUUCAUGUUAUAAAUACGAAAAGUGUUUAAGAACGGUUCACAAAUGUAAAAAAAAUUUGAAUUGUUUUGUGCCCCAUUAUUACCGUCGAAAAUCAUUAAAUAUUACAAUUAUUGCAUUCGGCAAAAGUGAUUUUAGAAUUUCCCAAAAGUUCGUUAUAUUCCCGAUCCGCAUGUGAGAAUUUUGACAACUCGAUCUUUUGUAAUCAUGGAAGAAAGUGCGGAAAUAAUAAAAUCUCAUCCGGGACUCGUUCUCGUCUCCGAACAUCCCGUAACCUGGAAAGGCUUCCUUGUCGUCGACACGAGUUUAGGAUUCGCUAUUGAUAUAACACUCACUCUGCCGUUUUAUCCACAAUUGACCGAUGCCAAUCUUUUUUUCGGUCAAAGUAUUUCGCUUCUCCAUGGUACCGAUUUCACCGAUAAAAUUCUCAGGCUGUUAGAAAACGCAACUACCGUAUCGUCUUUGCUCUUUCAAUUGAAAAGAAUUGUGACAAACCUGUUGAAAGAAAAAUUUGACCUGACCAACAAUACAACAACAAGUUUGCAAGGUGACGUUGUGGAUGAAAUCAGAGAAGCACUUCGUACAAAUUCUCCAGUCAAAGUAUCUGCCAGUAACGGCUUGAAAGCAGUAAAAUUGUCGUUGGACGAUGUUGUUGUUAUUAUUAGUAAAGAUUCAGGAACAAACAUGUGGAAAGUUAUAUCAUCUGAUUUGCCAGAAUUGCCUAUGUUGGAACAAUUUGAAUUGAAUUUGAAAAAUCUGAGCACAGCAAUGGAAAAAUUGCAUACGCAGGUGAAUAUGUUGGAAGAUGCCUGGAACGUACUUCACGAAAUUGACAACACAUGCUGGGUUGUUGAUCCACGAGUACCAAAGCCUUAUCAUCUCUACAGACGAGUGAAUUUGACAUCUUCAUUGUCAGCUCUUAUAACCAUUGAUCCCAUUAAUUUCUGUGAGCUACCAGACAUCAAACUUCUUGGCAGUGACAGUGACGUAGCUAAAUACAGAAAUAUCAUGAGCAGAAACCUUAUGAAAUGGGAUCCGGAAAGUGCAAUAGCAGAUAAUUUGCGAAUACUUUUUGCAAUCGACGAAUUGCCUCAACCACCAGAAGAAGAAAAAACAAAGGAUGAAAACGCUAUUGUUGAGGAUGAUGAGUGUAGCAUAUGCUUUGCCAUGGAACUUGACGAGCACACUCCACCUUUGCUACCUGUUGAAAUAUGCAGUAAUGAAAAGUGCAGAAAACAUUUUCACACCAUGUGUUUACGGCAGUGGCUACAAGCGAUUGCUAGUAACCAAGUAUCAUUUGACCGGAUCCAUGGAACAUGUCCGAAUUGCAGUGAAAGUAUUUCGUGCUCGCUCGUGAGCACAUGAGCCAAAUAAUUUGAAAAAUCGUGGGGAAUUUCCGCCGUCGUUCGAAAUCCAGCAACGAGAUGAAAUCUUGUUUCGUCGGUCUCCUCGUCGACUACUGAUCUUGCGAUUGGAUAAAUCGCGGCAAUCCCCGAACCGAUGCAAAAUGCGACGAUUUCGCUAAAACUAAUGUACAAAUGAAUAAUAAGUACUCGAUUCUUCAAGUGAA